GUAGAGAGCUGCCGUCUCUCGGCUUGAGAUCAGUGGUGGACGUGGGCGAAGAGACCUCGGGAAGAAACGGGAAAUCCAACUGUCAGCUGGCCGGGAAAACCGAUCACACCACCCGGCUUCCGGGGAUUCAGGGGCCGCAUCGGUUGACUGCAGACGUCGGUCGGUAGCUCGGGGGAGUAAAGGCGAACAUCCACAUCAUCGCCGACAUCCACCUCUCGAUUUCAGCGACUUUCGAGAUGUCAAGAAAGCUACAAAGGACAGAAGUCUGCGCCGACUGCAGUGCGCCAGACCCGGGCUGGACCAGUAUCAACCGAGGAGUCCUGAUCUGUGAUGAAUGCUGUUCAGUCCACCGCAGCUUAGGCCGCCAUAUCUCCAUAGUCAAGCACCUGAGGCACAGCGGAUGGCCUCCCGCAUUACUGCAGAUGGUUCAGACCUUGGCCAGUAACGGGGCCAACUCCAUAUGGGAACACAGUCUCCUGGACCCUGCUCAGGUACAGAGCGGUCGUAGGAAACCCAACCCCCAGGACAAAGUCCAUCCCACUAAGUCAGAGUUCAUCAGAGCCAAAUACCAGAUGCUGGCCUUUGUGCACAAGCUGCCCUGCCGCGAUGAUGAUGGCGUCACUACCAAGGACCUCAGUAAGCAACUUCACUCUAGUGUGCGGACGGGGAGUUUAGAGACAUGUCUUCGGCUCCUGUCCCUCGGCGCUCAGGCCAACUUCUUCCACCCGGAGAAAGGCACUACCCCGCUCCAUGUGGCAGCCAAGGCAGGUCAGAUCCUGCAGGCUGAGCUGCUGGUGGUGUACGGUGCAGACCCCGGAGCACCUGACAUCAAUGGACGCACACCUAUGGACUACGCAAGGCAAGCGGGUCAUAUAGAGCUAGCAGAGCGCCUGGUAGAGUGUCAGUACGAAUUGACGGACAGACUAGCCUUCUACCUUUGUGGACGGCGCCCAGAUCACAAGAAUGGCCAUUAUAUCAUUCCUCAAAUGGCAGACAGAGCUCGUCCUAAGUGCCCGACACAGAGUCUGGACCUCUCAGAAUUGGCCAAGGCUGCCAAGAAGAAGCUCCAAGCGCUCAACAAUCGGCUGUUUGAGGAACUAGCGAUGGACGUCUAUGAUGAGGUAGAUCGCAGAGAAAACGAUGCAGUGUGGCUUACAACCCAGAACCACAGCACUCUGGUAACAGAACGCAGCGCGGUGCCCUUCCUACCAGUCAACCCUGAAUACUCUGCCACACGCAACCAGGGCCGUCAAAAGCUGGCCCGUUUCAACGCGCGGGAGUUUGCCACACUCAUCAUUGAUAUCCUGAGUGAUGCCAAAAGGAGACAGCAAGGGAAAGGUCUCAGCAGUCCUACUGACACAUUGGAUCUGGGCAUAGAUGAUGACCAGCAUGACUACGACAGUGUAGCCUCCGAUGAAGACACAGACAGCGAGCUGACCACCCAGAACAACAACAACACACAACGCAGCAACCGUGCAAAGAGUAUGGACUCCUCAGACUUGUCAGAUGGCCCCAUCACCCUGCAGGAGUACCUGGAGGUGAAGAAGGCUCUGGCCUCCUCAGAAGCCAAGGUGCAGCAGCUGAUGAAGGUCAACAACAACCUGAGCGAGGAGCUCCGGCGGCUCCAGAAGGAGAUCACGCGGGUGCAGACAGAGAACAGUGCGCUGCGGGGGGGCCAGCAGGCUGGGGGGGCAGCUGGCCAGGGGGUAGGGGGACCUGGGGGAGGAGGGGGGGGAGGAGGCCACUGGCAAGGGGGUGGGAUGAGGGGAGGAAUAAGCGGGGGGAGUCUGGGUGGGUUUGGGCCUGGAGCGGACAACCCAGGGCUUUCGGUGCCCUCCUCGGUCACCCCCCACUCCCAUCCCCAUCGAAGGGACCGCCAGGCCUUCUCAAUGUACGAGCCAGGGGCGGCCCCCGGCCCCACAGCCCACGGUCCCCCAGCCCUGGACUCCCUGGCAGCCCGCCUGCAGCCCCUCAACACACCCAGCGUACGAAAGGGUGGUACAGGGGGUCCAGCGCCGUAUGGAGGCCUGCAUCUGUCUGGAUCUACGGAGAUGGGCAGAUACAUGGUUCCCAAAGCAGAGAAGCAUGGCAGUGGCACUGACAGCGACUAUGACAACACACAAACAUACGACCUCUCGCUAAGUAUGGGCCGCAGCAGUGAGGAGGAAGGUCGGGGAGAGUCUGAGGAGGGAGGAGGUGGGGACGCGGGGGAGCCGGACCCCACCCUGCCCUGCACAGAGGAUGUCAUACUGAAGACUGAGCAGGUGACCAAGAACAUCCAGGAGCUGCUCAGGGCUGCUCAGGAGUUCAAACACGACAGCUUUGUUCCAUGCUCUGAGAAAAUCCACUCUGCUGUCACUGAGAUGGCCUCACUCUUCCCCAAACGCCCAGCGUUGGACGCAGUCCACUGCUCCCUCCGGCUGUUGGCUUCCAGUGCCUCGCGGUUGCAGGUGGAGUGCCGUAAGGCAGCGCCCUCAGAGCCCGGGGGUCCUGCGGUGGACUACCAGCUCCUCACUCAGCAGGUCAUCCAGUGCGCCUACGACAUCGCCAAGGCUGCCAAGCAACUGGUCACCAUCACUACCCGCGAGAAAAAACAGUGACCCAGCGAAUGCAUGGAUGGAUGGAGAGGGAAGAGGGAGAGAGAACGGAUCAAUGCAUGGGUGGGCUCUGAGGGAUGGGACGGUCUUCUAGGAGAGGAGGAAAGAGGGAAAAUAUGAUGACUGUAGAUGGGAGGACGAGGGAUCAGGAGAAUGAUGGCUGCAACGAGGAAAGGAAAAGUUUGGAAUAUGCAUGGAAAACGAAUAGGAUGAAAGCAAAGACUGUUUAGUAGAAACACUACAGAGGACCGAAAAAGGAUAAAUUCCACGAGCGUGGAAGUGAAAGUAGGGAAGGAAAAGUGGAACAGGGGAACUACAGCCUGCUGCAACCUUAAGAAACUGUUGGUAUCAGAUGUGUAUAAUAAACCGCUUAAACUGUGAGAAGCAUAAGUCAAAUACAACGGUGGCGAUGUACAGCAAACUGGAUCCGGAGAUGCUUUAUUUAUUCUCGCCUGUCACUCGUCAUCCCUCCCUCUCCCUGUUUACCUAAAUGAGGGAGAGAGAAAGUGUCUGCUGUGAGCAAGGGAAGACCAACUAAUGACAGACUCCACCAUCUCCGUCCCUCCGUCCUGUGAGGAGUCAGGGCAUUUUCUCCUCUCCUUUCCCCUCUGCACCCCCCCCCCCCCCCUCCCCUCUUUCUCUUUCUCUCUGACCAGACUUGAGGCCCCUCUGUCCUAUCCCGUCCCAGAGAGGAUUUGCUUGUGGUGCAGAGAAGGGACCGACUGGGACCCAACCAGCUCCACUCCACACCCCACCUACUCAGAUACAGAAUCCUGAGGAAGCUUCUGAAGGGGGGCUCUAGUUUCUCUCCGAUCCGUCAGCCCCUGUUGUCGGUGGUACACAGCAUGACCUGGCAUGUUUUAAUUUCUUUCCUCUCUCCUCUUUUUUUUUAUUUUUGGAAUAUGCAGAUCGGUUGGGUCUGCACCUAAGGACAAAAAUUACUGACAAACAAAACACUUACACUGGAAUAAUUGUCGUUUAUCAUGCCUAUUGUUUUUUUUUGUAUUGAUAUUUUUACUGACUGUCAUCUUGAUUUAACUGUUUAUGUAUGUUUAUUUUAUUGUCUCAAAUAUCUCAUUUAGUGGAAUAGGGAGACAGAUGGGAGUAUGUGAUCAACUGGGAUUUCAUUAAACAUGCACACUCAUAUAAAAAAGAAAUGACCUGUGAAAUGGUCCUCAACAUUUCUCAAGCACUCUUUCUGGGUGACAGUUGAGGAUUUUUUUCAUGUUGUGAUGUGUCCAAGGGGUUGAACAAUUGCCAAAGGGGAGAGGGAUUUGUUUUUGGUUUUGAUUUAUGUCAGACCGAAAGCUCCUUGGUGCGUCAUGACAGGACCUGGAUCAAAAUGCUCUUUUCAUGUAUCCUCAGCUGUCUAUUUGAGGCUUGAUUUAUCAUACAGUUUGCCUCGUAUAACAGAGCCAGUGGAAUCAUCUCAUCCCAUAUUCAUUUUUGUGGUGCCAAGCAGAAUAUUAAAAUCAUUUGGUGCAGUUUGUGUAUGAGGAUAAACCUUCCUCCAGUCUUGCUUUAAAGCAGUUUGUUAUUUACAUGGCGGGUGUGCUCUUGGGUUAUCAUUAUUUGCAUGCAUGGUCACAUUAAGUUGAUACACUUAGCGGUCUGUUGCAGUUAAGCUUUAAGUCGUCCUGUGGAAAGCACCAGAUUUCGCAACCUGGAAAGUAAAAAUGAUGAGUCUAAAGCCUCAUUUCAUGUGAAAUAAUUUGCUUGUUUGAAAUGGAUUUAACCACCUCAAAUGUGCUUGAUGUAGUUUGCCAUGUAUUAUGUUCACUUUUUAGACUGUCUGGCAAGCACAAUCAAGCCCACGUUUGUCACAGCCUGCUGAUGUGGGCCACAGAAGUUGCCACUUCUAGCUCACUGUCUCUAUUUUGAGGCAGCAUUGGGAACAAAGUUUUUUUUUUCUUUUUUUUUUUAAAAAGAGAGCGCACUUAGCCUACUGUAGGUUUGAAGCUUGUUGUACUGUGCCGAACAAAUAUCUGUAACAAAGGAUGCAGAUGGGAUCUAAAAAGUUUUUCCUAGCUGCUGCUCUUCUGGUUUAGAUUCACCUUUUCCAGUGGUUGUGUUGCUCAAAGUGUUUGUGGCGUUAGAGGUUGGUUGCUCUUGCAUCAGUAUAAUCUAUAAUCAUGCUCAGAAGGCCUCUGCACAUCCUCACCUGAAACAUUGACCUCAUCCUCCAAACAGCAGUUGCAUCUCAGAUUUUUUUCUGCCUUUUAGCAAGAAGCAGUUAAACUUUAAUUAGCCCCAAACACUUUGAGAGACUGACGCUACUCUACCUUCAGCACUUCUCUGUUCUCUUUAUUUAGUUUUUCACACACACACAAACACAUACCCUCUUUUACAGUUGCACACAUGUCCCUGUGGGGGUGCGGGGGGUGGAUUGUUUGUUCUGUUCCCUGUCAAAAAAAUCAUGUCCAGAAGACACGAAAUGUAUCAUUGUUUGAUAUCGGAUGCCUUUCCACAUAAUCAUGUCCUCUUUGACUGAGUCACAAACACAAAUUCUUCCAUACACACACACACGCACACACGCACACACGCACACACACACACAAGGGGGCCAGCAGAAAAGCUUGUCCCUUCAAUCAUGAUUGCCCGAGUUUUUAGACUAGAGUCAUAUAUAUGAACACAUAUUUUCAUGCUAUAUUUUAUAUUAAGCUAUAUGUUAGGGUUAUGUCUGCGAGAUAUUUAUGUCUAUUUGUUGGCCCAAGUGGGCUUCAGGCUAUGGGAUCUGUUCACCAAAUCAUUCGGCUCCUCAGUCUUGACACCAGUGUACUUGUAGAUAUUUUAAGUCUUGUGGUUAUGCUGUGGUAUUAUUACCCCCUUCAUGUAGUUCUAUUGUACAUAUUAGUGAUCCUACGGAAUCAGCAGGAAGAAUAGAGCGAGUACAGUUUCCAGCUGGGUGAAGUAGGAUCUACAUUAUGUACUGCACUCUCCCAAAGGUCUUAGUUCAAGUACAUUAGGUGCAGGAUGAGGGUUUGAUUCGGGAUGGGGCAAUAGGAAAAGUCUGAAACACACUUCGGCUUAGCACUACAGUCAUCUCAAAAUGUCCGGAGGAGGGUCGUAAACGCACAUGGCCUUCCCCGAUUUAGACGACACUACGUAGGGUGCCUCUAGUAUGAAUGUUAAAAAUGCUUCCGUCAGUUCGUGCCCAAUACACUUUCUCCAUCAACAUGUCCAAGAUUUAACACAUGCUCUUCAACAUCAAACACACACGCUCAACUUAUCAGUCGGACCAAGCCUUCUACAAA